CGUCAAUGACCUCAUGUGACCUUGUUGCUUGCCCCAGGCCAGGCAGGGGUCAACCAGCUGGGGGGAGUGUUCGUGAACGGACGUCCCCUGCCCGACUACGUCCGUCGACGGAUCGUGGAGAUGGCGCUGAUGGGGGUCCGUCCCUGUGACAUCUCCAGGCAGCUGCUGGUCUCCCACGGCUGUGUCUCCAAGAUCCUCACCCGCUUCUACGAGACGGGCUCCAUCAAGCCGGGCUCCAUAGGCGGCAGCAAGCCCAAGCAAGUGGCCACGCCCACGGUGGUGAAGAAGAUCCUGCGGCUGAAGCAGGACAACCCCGGCAUGUUCGCGUGGGAGAUCAGGGAGCAGCUGUCGUGUCAGCGGGUGUGUGAAGCUGCGGCUCUGCCCUCCGUCUCCUCCAUCAACCGCAUCCUCCGCAACUCUGGCCUCUGGACCCCGCACGAGGCUGCGGCGGCGGCUGCGGCGGCCUCCACUGCGGCCCCACACUCCGCCGCACACACGCCCGCAGCCGCCCAUGCCGUUGUCACGGCCGCAGUCGCCGCUGCCGCAGCUGCUGGGGGGUCACCAGUCACCCUCAGGAUCACUCUAAGGGUCAACAGUCACUCUCAGGGUCACCCUAAGGGUCACCAGUCACCCUCAGGGUCACCCUCAGGGUCAUCAGUCACCCUCAGGGUCACCUUAAGGGUCACCCUAAGGGUCGCCAGUCACUCUCAGGGUCACCUUAAGGGUCACCAGUCAUCCUCAGGGUCACCAGUCACCAGUUCGAUACGCGGCCUUCUGAGGCAUGAUCUUAUAAAUGUUGACUACAUGUACAUCUUUGUUGAAUAUAAUUGA